GAGGAGGUCAGGAGAAACUGGGCCAGGCCGCACUUAGCUCAAGGGGCCUCGAGAACUCUCCGCGUCUCUGGAGACAAGCGCAGUACACGCACUUCAGAAUGAAGAGUUGCGGGAGCAUGCUGGGGCUCGAGGGGCAGCGGCUCCCCGCGGCGUGGGUCCUGCUCCUGUUGCCUUUCCUGUUGCUGCUACUUCCCGCAGCCCCUGCGCCCCACCGCGCGUCCUACAAGCCGGUCAUCGUGGUGCACGGGCUCUUCGACAGCUCGUAUAGCUUCCGCCACCUGCUGGAAUACAUCAAUGAGACACACCCUGGGACUGUGGUGACAGUGCUCGAUCUCUUCGAUGGGAGAGAGAGCUUGCGACCCCUGUGGGAACAGGUGCAAGGGUUCCGAGAGGCUGUGGUCCCCAUCAUGGCAAAGGCCCCUGAAGGGGUACAUCUCAUCUGCUACUCGCAGGGGGGCCUUGUGUGCCGGGCACUGCUCUCUGUCAUGGAUGAUCAUAAUGUAGAUUCUUUCAUCUCCCUUUCCUCUCCACAGAUGGGACAGUAUGGAGACACAGACUAUUUGAAGUGGCUAUUCCCUACCUCCAUGCGGUCUAACCUCUAUCGGAUCUGCUAUAGCCCCUGGGGCCAGGAAUUCUCUAUUUGUAACUACUGGCAUGACCCCCAUCACGAUGACUUGUACCUCAAUGCCAGCAGCUUCCUGGCUCUGAUCAAUGGGGAAAGAGACCAUCCCAAUGCCACAGUGUGGCGGAAGAACUUUCUUCGCGUGGGCCGCCUGGUGCUGAUUGGGGGCCCUGAUGAUGGUGUUAUUACUCCUUGGCAAUCCAGCUUCUUUGGUUUCUAUGAUGCAAAUGAGACCGUCUUGGAGAUGGAGGAGCAACUGCCUGCCCUGCCCACCCACCAGUCUGAGCUGCUGCUGCUGAGGCUGGUCUGCUUGAAGUCUCCGGGAGAGAGGGAAAGCCAGGUGGGAAUGGAGGGAGGGGAAGGCAGCCCACAAAGUCUGGAGUCAAAGAGAAUCAUGGGGUCCAGGGCUGAGCUGUACACUCUCUUAGGCGGAUUCACAUUCCUCCUGCUACUGAUGUCAGGCGAUGGGGCCAAGGGUGGAUCCCUCAAAGAGAGUCAGGGGGUCUGCUCCAUGCAGACAUUGGUGGUCCCUCUUCGCUACAACGAGUCCUACAGCCAACCAGUGUACAAGCCCUACUUGACCCUGUGUGCUGGAAGGCGCAUCUGCAGCACCUACAGGACCACGUACCGUGUGGCAUGGCGGGAGGUGAAGCGGGAGGUGCAGCAGACCCACGCCGUGUGCUGUCAGGGCUGGAAGAAGCGGCACCCGGGGGUGCUCACCUGUGAAGCCAUCUGCGCCAAGCCGUGCCUGAACGGAGGCGUCUGCAUUAGGCCGGAUCAGUGCGAGUGCGCUCCGGGCUGGGGAGGGAAACACUGUCACGUGGACGUGGAUGAAUGUAGGACCGGCGUCACCCUCUGCUCGCACCGUUGUCUCAACACGGCGGGCAGCUUCACCUGCGGCUGCCCCCACGGCCUGGUGCUGGGCCCGGACGGGCGCACCUGCGCGGGGGCGUCCCCGGAGCCCCCAACCAGUGCCAGCAUCCUCAACGUAGCCGGUGAGCGGGCGGGAGCACACAGGCCCCACUGCCAACACCCUGAGGCGUCUCUUCCUUCGUAGUGGGCGGGUCAGGCUGGGGCCUGGGUCCGAGCGGUGCUGCCCAUGCCGCCGGAGGAGCUACAGCCAGAACAGGUGGCCGAGCUGUGGGGCCGGGGCGACAGGAUCGAAUCUCUUAGCGACCAGGUGCUGCUGCUGGAGGAGAGGCUGGGCGCCUGUUCCUGUGAGGACAACAGCCUGGGCCCUGGCCUCAAUCAUCGAUAAGGAGCCUCUACAGCACCCAUGCCCCCUAAUUUAUACAGAAAUAGGACCCACUAAUCUGGGAUUCGUUGACUGGAAGCUGCAGAUAAGGCUAUCAGUAACCAAAGAGCAAUGAGCAACGGAAACUUUGGAGAGCUGAAGAAAGGGGGAAGGUGGGUUGUCUUGGGCACUCCUGAGUCUUCUGGCUGGGGGCAGGCUGCCUGGGGUGGGAUUGCUGCUUCAACUCCUUUAACAAAUGCAACCAGAAAGCACCCAGAUUGUUCUCUCUCUUUAUUUUUAGUUUCUUGCUGUUAUCCAGAUAAUAAAAACCAAUCCCAC